CACUUUUUAACAUUCGUAUUAGUGAAGAAAAAAAGUUUUUUUUUUUUUUUCUUUCCAUUAAAAGAACACAAAAGAAAUUACAAAAUUUAACAGUAAUUAACAGUAAUUGUUAUUAAAGUGUGCAAAAAAAAAAUGGACACUCCAAAAAAAUCCUUCGUGUUGGAUUCAAUGAAGUUGAAUUUUGAAAAAAAAGAAAUUUUCGUACCAUCAUUAGAAGAACUCAAAAAUGUUCUUUACGAGGCUUUAGUGAAAAAUUUCGCUCAAGUUUCAGUGGAAAUUGUUGAUUCACCCGAUUUGAGAAAAUCUCCAUUUAAUUUAAAAGCUGAGGGUUUUUGUGGAAAAACAACUGCUGCACAUGUUGGUGGAUUGGACAAUAUGUUUCCAUUUCCAAAAUUAGAAAAACUCUAUGAUGUUAAAACAAUUGCAAAACGUCUUGAAUUUAAUAAUAAUAAUAAUAAUAAUGAAACAUUUGUUAUUGGCGCUUCUUUUGGUCCCUGGCCAUUUAUUAAAACCAAAUCAAAGUUGACUUAUAAUAUGAUUUUGGAUGGAAAAAUCGAAUCAGCCGGUUCAAUAAUAACAUUUUUGAAAGACGAGAAAAAUAGUGAAAAAUUUAUUUAUCAAAAUUUACCAGCAAAUGAAACACGUUUUGGACUUGCGGCAAAUUUAUUAUUUUCACAUGGCAAAAUGGGCAAAACUUUACGAAUUCAUGUGAAAAAACGUUUAGGUCAAGAUGAAUUUGUCAUUGCAAUGCAAAAAGCAUUAGCUAAACGUUAUCCAGACAAAAUUGUUGUUUUAGGUGGUGUUUUUGUUGUAAUUGAGGGCAAAGUAAUGAUUCAAUUACCACGCGAUUAUUCGGAGAAACCAGUGAAUAUUUAUGCAAAAGAUUCCUCAUGGUUUGUCACUUAUGAAGCAAAAAGUCCAUUAACGCAAGUUGGAACUUUUCAAUCAAUUAAUUCUGAUGCCGAAGUUAAUUAUUUAUUUCACACAUUCUCCGAUCAUAAAGAAGGUGGUCAUUAUAUUCAGGAUACAACACCCGAAAUUGUGGAAUAUUUGGCAUUUUUUACGCCAGUCGAAAAUUUAUUUCGAAUUGAUAAACCAAUGAAAAUACAGAAAUUUUAUUCGCAAAUUUAAUUUCAAUUUUUUUCAUUUUUUUAAAGUGGAAAUAAAUUAAUUUAAUUUUAUUAAUUAAUUAAUUUUAAAAUUUUUACUUAUUAUUAUUAUUAUUAUUAUUAUUAUUAUUAUUAUUGCCUUGUUCUUUUAUUAAUUACUAGAGGAAAAUUAAAUA